AUGGCUGCUGCUUCAGGGCCGACCGCCCGCCGCCACCGCCGCCGCCGCUGCCAGCGCCGCCAUCUUCACGCGCCGCCGCGCCGCAGGGGCUGCUGGGAAGGCGGGGCCGGCGCGGCGGCCACGCAGGGGGGCCUGAGGCGGCCCGGAAGCGGAGCCGCCCCGGAAGAGCUUGCGAUCCCGGCGCGCCUCGCGGCCCUGGCCGCUGCUUUCGCCGGGACCGCAACUCCCAGCAUCCACCGCGAGCGCCCCGGGGGCGGGCGGGGAGGCUCCACGUCAGGUUCCGGCGUGCCUGCCCGGAGGACUACAACUCCCGGCAUCCACCGCGAGCGCCCCGGCGGGCGGGCGGCGCCGCGCGGGGAGGACGGCGGGCCCGGGGCGUCUCCGCCUGCCUGUGCGCUGGGCGGGCCGGCGGCAGCCGAGGCGGAGCUCAUGGCCGCGCUGAGGGCGGGGCGGGCCGCGGGCCGCUGCCUGGGCAGGUGGCCGCUGCUUUGGGGGCCCCGCGCGGGCUGCUCGGGGCCUCCGCCGGCGUCCGAGUCCCGGGGCCCGGGCUGGGGCGGCGGGGUGCGGGCGCGGCCGUGCGCGGCCGUCCCGGUCCCCGACCCCGUCCCCGAGCCCGGGGCGCGGCCCCCGCCGGGCCCGGGCGGGCGCGAGUGGCUGGCCGUGGCGCUGGGCGCCGGCGGGGCCGCGCUGCUGCUGCUGCUGCUGCCGCCGGACCGGCGCCCGGGCUGCCGCCCCGUGGCCGCCGCCGUGCCCGCGCCGCCCCCGUCGCCGCCCCGCUCCCCGCGCCGCCAGUACAACUUCAUCGCCGACGUGGUGGAGAAGACGGCGCCGGCCGUGGUGUACAUCGAGAUCCUGGGCCGGCACCCCUUCUCGGGCCGCGAGGUGCCCAUCUCCAACGGCUCGGGCUUCGUGGUGGCCGCCGACGGGCUCAUCGUCACCAACGCGCACGUCGUGGCCGACCGGCGCCGCGUCCGCGUGCGGCUGCCCAGCGGGGACACGUACGAGGCGGUGGUCACGGCGGUGGACCCCGUGGCCGACAUCGCCACGCUCAGGAUCCAGACCAAGGAGCCGCUCCCGACGCUGCCGCUGGGCCGGUCCGCAGAUGUCCGGCAGGGCGAGUUCGUCGUGGCCAUGGGCAGCCCCUUCGCCCUGCAGAACACCAUCACCUCGGGCAUCGUCAGCUCUGCCCAGCGACCGGCCAAAGACCUGGGCCUCCCGCAGAAGAACGUGGAGUACAUCCAGACCGACGCAGCCAUCGACUUUGGAAACUCCGGUGGGCCCCUGGUUAACCUGGAUGGGGAGGUGAUUGGGGUGAACACCAUGAAAGUCACAGCCGGAAUCUCCUUUGCCAUCCCUUCUGAUCGCCUUCGAGAAUUUCUGCAUCGCGGGGAGAAGAAGAGCAACUGGUUUGGAAUCAGUGGGUCCCAGCGCCGCUACAUUGGGGUGAUGAUGCUGACGCUGACUCCCAGCAUUCUGGCCGAGUUGCAGCUCCGGGAGCCCAGUUUUCCUGAUGUCCAGCAUGGCGUCCUCAUCCACAAAGUCAUCCUCAACUCCCCUGCACACCGGGCUGGGCUUCGGCCAGGCGAUGUCAUCCUGGCCAUUGGGGAGCAGCUGGUGAAAAGUGCUGAAGACAUCUAUGAAGCUGUGCGGACCCAGUCCCAGUUGGCGGUUCGGAUCCGGCGGGGACCGGAAACAUUGACAUUGUACGUGACUCCUGAGGUCACGGAGUGACAAGGCUCGGACCCUGUGUUCUUUCCCGCCCAGCACUCGGGGCACCUGGACAGAAGCUGCAGGGAAGCAGUUGGGGCAGGUCCCUGCGACCACCAGCACCAAUUCUUGGGCUCUGAAGAAAGGAAGGCAAGAACACUUUUUAUAUAAAAUAAAAUUAUACCUAGCAA